GUAUAAAUUUAUUAGAGAAAUGUAACUUGAGACAACUAAUUUAUUAGUGUAUUUUUGGGCAAAUAACACCAGCAAUGUAACAAACCACAUGUCACAAAAAACUGUGAUACAAGAUGAAUUCAUCAAAGGAGAUUUUAAUAAAUAUAGAAGAACCACAAACCAGCAGUGAACCUAAAAAAGCUGCAGUGAACAUACUAUGUUUAGACAUAACAGCAUAUAACCCAUUGGCACAAUUCUCAUGCUGUUGUAUAUUUGUUUUUAUAUGCUAUCUUGCUUACGGAUACUUUCUAGAAUUAAUAUACUCAAAGGAGGAUCACAAAUCUUUGAUAUUUUAUAUAACAUUAGUUCAAUUUAUUUUCACAUUUCUGCUCAGUUACUUAGAAUCAUUGAUGAGAGAGAAGAUAACCAGGACGGUACCACUACAUACAUAUGCCUUAUUAGCAGCUCUCACCCUCGGGACAAUGUGCUUUUCCAAUCUAGCACUGAGCUACCUCAAUUACCCAACACAGUUAAUAUUCAAGAGUUGUAAACUUAUACCUGUGAUGGUAGGAAGUAUAAUCAUAAUGCAGAAGAAAUACGGAUUUUUAGACUAUAUAGCUGCUAUUAUUAUGUGCAUUGGAUUGACUAUGUUUACUUUGGCUGACUCGAGCACGUCGCCUAACUUCGAUUUUGUCGGAGUAAUAGUAAUAUCUAUGGCGUUACUUUGUGAUGCAGUGAUCGGUAACGUACAAGAAAAGGCAAUGAAAAAAUAUCAAGCUUCCAACAAUGAAGUUGUGUUUUACUCGUACGCCAUUGCCAGUAUGUAUCUCUUCGUCUUUACUGCUUUAAGCGGGAUAUUGACGAGUGGAUAUACUAAUUUAGCUGACCAACCAAUUACAAUCUACAUAAACAUCUUCCUGCUAAGUCUUAGCGGGUACCUGGGCCUGCAAGCAGUACUAACUCUUGUCCGCAUAUGCGGCGCGACUGUCGCUGUUACGGUCACCACUAUGCGAAAAGCUGUAUCAAUCAUCAUAUCGUUCCUGCUUUUUAGCAAGCCUUUCGUUUUCCAGUACGUAUGGUCGGGCAUGCUCGUAGCACUGGCGAUAUACUUGAACCACUGCAGCAAGAAGCGACCCAACUAUGUGCCGGCACCUUUUCGUCGCUGUUGGCAACUCAUCACCUCCUUCUACCAGUCGGAGUAUAGAUAUCUUCAGAUUAAAACCAAAUUGUACUCUGAUACUGUAUAGAAUAUAGGAGUUAUUUAUUAGCUAUUUAAUACAAUAUGUAUUUCCGGUCGUAAUGAGUGAUACUGAGUGGCUCAUUGCAAUCAGACCUCUUAAUUAAAUAACUAUUAUAAGUGGCGUAACAUGUACAGGAAGCCGAUAUUUUGCAGCGAACCAAAGGAUUUUUUACUUUCAGUAUCAUUUACCGGAUAAACUGUACGUAUUUGGUUAGUAGAUAAGCAUUUGCAAACUUGUAGAUAGGACACAACCCGACUGAAAUAUGUGGACAUGUUAUAUUAUAGAGUAUGCGUAGUAAAAAUGGCGACGCCAGAAAUUGACUAGUUAAUGUAUAAAGAAAACAUCUUCGAAUAUAAAGUCACUAAGUUUUAUUCUAGAAAUGCCAUUUUUUGGUGUUGCCAUUUUCACUGCUCAUACACAAUCGGUAGCGUGCGCUUGCGUACGAUCGGGACGCCUGAUCCAACGAACCACAAAUUAGAAAGGUAUACAAGGGAAUGAACUGAACGGCGCGCCGAUUGCAUUUGGCGGCGGCGGCGGCCGGCGCGACGUGCCGCCACGGCCCUCAUAUCUAAUUUGUAUACGUGAUUCUGUGAAAUUAUUAAACUUUAUAUAAAAAAGUUCGAUCAUUGAUUAGCUGGUUUUUGUUAUCAUGAUUCAUUAAUUCAUAUAAUACUAUUGUACUGUAACUAAGUUCAUUUAUUUUGACGUUACUCAAAUUAUUAUGUUUUUGUAAUCUAGUUACAUUUUAGAAAUGCAAAUGAGGUGCCCUCAUGGAAUUUAAUAUGUCAGUCAGUAAUUUAAACGCGGUGAUAGUUAU